UCGGCGAGGCGCGUCGCAAGGCCACCGAGAAAGCCCAGAGGUGUGCGUGAUGGAACAGAUCAACAACAUCGACGUUGUUCCCUGCGCCGGCUCCAACUAUCUCAAGCCGUUCACCGUCCAUUACAGCCAGAAUGGGACGAAGAAAUCCUGGGACUUCAUGCGAACCCAUGACAGUGUGUCUGUGCUGAUCUUCAACACCACCUCGCACUGUUUCGUCUUGGUCAAGCAGUUCCGCCCAGCAGUAUACAUGUGUGAGUGGGAAAGGACCAAGCCUCAACCCCCUGAGCCUGCUGAGCAAGCUGAGGGUGUGGCGGCGGCAGCCAAGGCUGCUGCUGCAGAAUCUCAGGAGGGCCAAACGGUCUCAGAGAGGGGAAGCUCUUCUCCGCAGCCCCCGGCCUCGGCAGGGGUGACGUAUGAGCUUUGCGCAGGGCUGGUGGACAAGCCCAACCUCUCCCUGGAGGAGAUCGCCCGGCAGGAAGUGCUGGAAGAGUGUGGCUACGAUGUGCCCGCUUCCAAACUGAGGAGGAUCACUUCUUAUAGGUCAGGUGUGGGUGUGACAGGCUCCAAGCAGACCAUGUUCUAUGCUGAAGUGUCUGAUGACAAUCGUGUCGGUGAGGGCGGAGGUGAGCCGCAGGAGGGAGAGCUGAUUGAGGUAGUCAAGAUACCCCUUCAUGAGGCCAUGACAUUCGCUUACAAUGAGAAGAUUCCCAAGACCAUGGGUGUCAUCUUCAGUUUCAUCUGGUUCCACAAUAACAUGUCGCCCAAGUACAAGAUCUCCACAAAUGUCUAACUGACACCAAGCAACCCUGCCUCACCCCCCCGCCUGCUAUCAUUUCCCCAUCCAUGAUUAAAUUAAGUCAGGCACUGGCCCAGUACAUCCACCCUUCCCUUCAGGCUCUACAUCCUUUAUCACUUUUUCACUCACUGGUAUAUGAUGAAGGAUGGCCACCUUGGCUCUUCGCCAACACAUAUCUUUAAGUUUCCUCCAUCUAAGAGUUGUGUGAUUUUGAUUAUUUUUCAUAAAAAAAAUGCCAUAUGCUGGAGGUCACUUCUAUUUUUAUUUUAUUUUUCGCUUCAUGAUGUUUUAAAAUGUUUAUUAUUUUAUUUAUAGUGCCAUUUUACAUAAAUGGUUGUGUCACUGGUCUCCUUCGGCUUCGAUCACCUGCCUUUGAUUGAGCC